AUGUCCAGUUUGCUUGAUAACAGUAGUUCUCCUUCUGAAGUGGAUAGCUUAGACUUAGAUGAGGUAAGUUUUCAAUUCAUUUUCAACAUAAAUCAUUAUUUUGAUAGUUUGUGGAGAAACAAAGCUUUGACACAUUGUCUCAACAUCCAUGCUAGUUGAUAUUAAGCUUACUUUAUAUUACUUUGCAUACAAUCUUACGUAAGACUUGACAUUUGUAAUAUUUCCAUAUUUCAAUGUCCAUAAAAUCUUGUAAAAAUUUUUCAUUUUUCUUAGCAGAAUUUUUUCGGUCGAUGAAGGUUAUUUUUUAGGGUUGAAAUUUAAUCCCUAUCUGUUUUUAUUUGAUUAUUCAACAGGUUUCCCAACCUGUACAAGUUUUUUAAUGACGAGAUUACACGGAUUUGUACAUGUAUGGGAUAAAAAUGUUUCCUUCUCGAUGGAAAAUUUUCUAACAGGAAAAUAAUUUUCCUCCUGAACCUCAGCUAACGUAGUAGAUAAGCCUACCUGCAGUGAUGCCAAAAAAUUACUUUCCAAAAUGAGGGAUUUCUGUAUUGAACGUUUUUUGGAGUUCCCAGGAAGCAUUUCCUCUAAAUAAAACUGUAAGAACACCCUGGAAUUGCUUCAAAAUGACCCAUACACCACAUACUGGACUGCCACUUAGAGUCAGCAACCGGAGAUUUUCCCUCGGCUACUAGAAGCAUAAUCCAUGCAUACUUUCAUAUGAAAAAAAAGGAAAAGGGAUCCAAAAGAACCUCCUAGCUGUUUAGUUCUCCACCCAGUAAUUACACAUACCUGGCAACGACAAAAUUUAGUGACAGCCCUGACAUAGGACACCAACCGAAUUCUGCAUGAGUUAUUUGAUAAAAAUCUAUGAAAAGUUUUCCUGGUACAAUAGGGCUUGCUCAUCAUUUUUUUCUCAAUGGUCACUUUGUUAUUGGCUCCCAUGUUUCAACCACAAUACCGCCCUAGUCUGUAUCAGGUGACGUUGUUGGUUAGUCAUGUGUGCGGCCACUGCAUACUGUUACUAAUGUUCCUACUCAGCCAAUCAAAACUGUGUCCUGAUGAAGACCAGAAGUACAUAACAAUAUUGAAAUAUUGCAAUCAGUAAAAAGUGAUUAUCAUGAGCAAAACAUGUUAAUGAGCCAUGUUUUACACAUAUCACAUGUGACUACAUUUUUUGUUCUAUCAGGAAACAUCUCUCACAUAAAGGGACAUACACUAUUCUACCAUUAUUAUAAACACAACAGUUACCACAUUACACAUAAAAAAUAUUUUGUGAUGCUUUUGCUUACAAGUAAUGUUACUAGGGUCACAUUUUUUUCCCUUUACUUCACCUAGGAUCCAAGCCCAGAGUCCAAUAUUGUGUGUGAACUUAUUGACGAAGCCAUUGUAGGUCUUUGUUUUGAAAUUCACCGCUCUAUCAAAAAUGGGGUUUACAGCAUCCUUGAGCAAUCGGAUGAAAAAAUGCAAGUAUUGUACUGUAAUUUGUUAAAACAUUUUAGAUACGCUCUUCUCACUUAUGGUAAUAUGCCCGUCUAACCUCGUUUACGGGUAAAAAUUCUUUUGAAAUUCAAAUACGAAAAGCAUUAGCAUUUCAAAGGACUUUUUACUCAAAAACGAGGUUAGACGGGCAUAUUACCAUACGUGAGAAGAGCGUAUUGUGAAAGGUUUGAACGCAGGAGUCAUUUCAUAAGUAGGUUGAGUAUGAUCGUCUGGCUGAAGGUAAUCCUGAAUAGGACUGUUGUUGACAGUGACUGAUGUGUCGGCAACCUGUGCAGAGGCCCUGCCAGGGGGCGGGGGGGUCCCAUGUCGCCCGUCUGAAUUUUAAAACGUCUCGUGUCGGUGUUUAUAAAUGCUUGUCGCUUAUUGUCGGCUUUGCCGUCACUGUCGUAAUUUGGCCAAGGGAGGUUGUCUCUUGUUGUGAUUUCAUUUUACUCGCUGUCGCUACUUUUUUGGGCCAUGUCGCUUGUCAGAAUUUACCCUGGCAGGGCCUCUGUGCAGGAGUCAUCUUCCUAGCUGGCCACUUACAUUAGUGAGACCGACAGAAACAUGGGACUGCCUGAACACUAAUGAGUGGCAACUGCAUUUAUAAACCAACGAAUGGACUUGGACUCUGCAACAUGCAUUAUCAAAUGUAUUCUACAGACUUCUUUCAAGGUCUCACUUUAGAAAGCAGGUUUACUAACAUCACUGAAUCUUACUCAACAGUUUCCGGCAUCACACAAACGACUUAUUGAUGGACUCAAGCAAAGCUAGCUAUGACUCAUACUAUGACUGGACAACUGACAAUUUGCUUAAUGAUAAUGUUUAACUGUGGCAAGAGACAGAUUGAAAUGUACCAAUGACGUUACAAGUCUUCAUAGCCAAUAACAUCACAGCUUAACUGACUGACUGUCAAUAACAUUGCGAUUUAAUUGACCAAUCAGGUCAAUAACCAGAGUUUAAUACCAUCAACGGACAUGAUACAACUGACUUUGACUCUGAAGAUGACUACCACACAGGUUGUUGAAACGUCAGUCACUGUCAGAAACAGUUCUAUUUAUAACUAGGUUCGCCCGGACAAUCAUACUCAGCCUACUUAUGACAUUGUACAAAAAUUGUUAUAAAUAUCAAUGUUGACGGUGCCCUCUAAUAUUUCCUUAUCCUGUAUUUUUGUCUUUCAUAUAUUGUGAUGAAAUCAGGAAACAGUUUGGUAAGUUAUUAAUCCUCCUGUUAAAUUUCGUUUGGUUCAUAAUUGCACCAGGAGGGUUGUUAUUUUUCUCUGUUAUAAUAUAGAAAUAAAUUCAUAGACUGUUUAGUGAUUCUUUUACUUUAGUACCCUUCUAUCAGUAAGCUUUCCUUCCUAACUAUAAAUAGGGCCCUGCUUCAAUAACCACCCAAAAAGAGUGAUAUGAAAAAAUUGAAGUUAUGCUGUCUUUCCUAUUUAGCCUUAGAAGUUUGCUUUUUUUCCCCCUUGAUUUUGCCAGUGUUACCUAUUUCUAGCUUGCGAGAGCAUCCGCUUUUUUGGCUCAGGUUUCUAGUUUCACCCACCGAGAGGUUUUUCUUGGCGGGUGAAACUAGAAACUUGAGCUGAAAGAACCAGAUGCUCGCGCAGGCUACUUAUUUCCAGUGUCCCAGAUAAGAGAUUGGUCUCAGGUCAGUAACCUGACAAUGAAGGCUUACUGCCCCAACAGAUGAAAUAUAAAUCAUAUUGUUAAGGGAGUAUAACAAAAAAAAAGAAUAGCAUGUGGUCUGGGGACCCCUCAGAUGGUCUACAUGACCCCCCUCUUGAAAGAAUUAACUGGAAUGCUGUAAUUCCCUUUUGUUGGUGUAAUUUUUGUUGGCCUUGUUAAUUUUUCCAGAAGUUGUAGAAUGUGAGGGCCUGGAUGUGUUUGGUCAGACACCCUUAAAGAAACAGGUGGAGUGUGUGUGUCCCCAUUGUCAAAGAAACUUGGCUGCCAAUAGAUUUGCACCUCAUUUAGAAAAAUGCAUGGGAAUGGGACGAAACAGCAGCCGAUUAGCCAGCAGAAGGUCAGCAAUUUGUUGCCUUUUUUCCCCCUCCUUUCACAAAUACAUGACAUGUACUAUUCUUUAUGUAAGGUAAUAUAUUUUCAUGUAUGAUAUGAACAUUUAAUGGAAGUCUUCACUAUGAUAUGUAUUACUAUAAUAAUAAUAAUAAUGAUUUUUUUAGAUAUUCAAAAUACUUUUAAUUAUUAAAAUCCUAUAAAAAGUUGCACACAAAACUUCAGUAAAGUAUUCAUAAAAAGAAAACGUCAAUAUCAAUACAAUGUUCUGGCAAGACCCCUUCACAAUUCAAAAUUCCAAGAAACCUCCCGGGUUAUAAAAAAAUCAAGUCAAAAGUGUAAAAAGGUGUUAAUGUUCCAUGCUCGAUGUCCAGAACUCUCCUUGAGUAGAGAUGCUUUUUCUCAUUCUCAUGAAUACGAUAAAUUUGUUGUGGAAAAUCCUGGAGAGGAAGAACUGUAAGCCAUGCUGAUGACCCCUUCUUGUCUGCCAGAUCUAGUGCUUGCUCAGUCUUUCUUGGUGCCAAUUCCUUAAUACGUUCUGCCCUGUGUUCGAGUUCCUUUAAUCUUUCAGUUCUUACUUCCUGUUGUGCUAAUUUUGUGAGAGCAUCCCACCACGUCCUAUUUUCUAUAAUGAAGCCAGCUCUACUUAAGCAUCAUCUGCAAACCAACAUAGUGCUUCACAAUGGAUGCUGCUUGUAGACUCGUAAUUAAAGGCUGAAUACUUAAGGCAUAUAGACCCAUAGCAAGCAGAUCGCCCUGUGUUGUUCCUUCUGCUGACAUGGUCUCUUUCCUGCCAAUGACAAAUAGCUGAGCUGGCUGUCUGUAGCUAUUAAUAGUGUAAACCCUGUUGAGUUUGUUGAAUGCAUUAGAGGCGUCGAUGAGCAGUGCGGCAUCAGUGUCAUCUGAUUCAAAUAUAGUAUGCAUCAUGUGUAUUGCAGCCCCCCUUCUGGAUUUUUGUCCAGCACACAGCUGGAGUGAGUUACACUCAUUACACACUUUCCACAAAUUCUCCUUAAAACUUCCCCAACUCCUAUUGGUCUAACAGCACCUUCGCUUUUAUCCAGUGGAAUCAGAUGGUUAGCUACCAGGGGCUGUAUGGUCGUAGGAUCAAUGUAUUGUGUACACAGAGUCCUUGUCAUUGUGGCUAUUGCCUCACACUGCCUUGAAUUGUAGAUGACUGUUUUAAGGACUUGCAAGUGAGGAUAGUAUAAUAAUAAUAACAAUAAUAAUAAUAAUUUUUUUUAAUUUUUAAUAUUCGAACAUAUUUUAUUGAUAACAAUGCUAACUAUUAAAAUCCUAUUUACAAUUAAUUCACUUAAAAAAACUAUUUCGUCAAAACACUAUAAUAAUAAUAAUAAUGAUAAUAAUAAUUUAAUCAUCCUCUCCCUUUAUGGGGCUUUUCAGGGAUAAUGAAGCAAAUAACUUUUUUUUUUAUUGAAAUGGAACAUAACAUGUUUAAGAAUCCCAACUGGUAGGGGGUGAACCAGUUGGCUAUUUUACAAGCAUAGUUGAGGAUUUGAAGACGGGACUACUGAGAACAAAUCCAACAAACGGUCAGUGUGAGACUGAGAGCUUCCGAGUUACAUAAGUCCAGCGCUCUAACUGAAUGGUCACGCUGCCUCCUAUACUGUCGUUACUUUCGUCCCCCACACCACUCCAGAGAUGAUACACUGGAAGGUUUAAGAGCAUGCAAUUACAUAAUACAGACAGGAGGUACUUUGAGAUGUACUCGUCCUGCAAUAGCAAGUCUGUGAGAGGGUAUCAUGGUCUGUAGACCUAGGUACAGAUCCAUCAAGAAUAAAAUAAAGAAAGCAGUUUACGCCCACUCCUGGUCUGUAGUCUGUGGUCCAUAGACUUAACAGUGGUCAUCAUGUGCUUAUUUUGAGAGUGAGCACAUUCUGCAAGUGGUCUAGAUUGAAUCAGACACUAAUUUUGACUGCUAAAUGCCCCUUAUCUUGCAGGUUAGCAACCACGGGCAAGCUGAUGGAUGGGGAAGAUGAUUAUGAUAACUACUUUGAUGAUGACUGGACAUGGAAUUCAGACAGAAAACCAGGUUUGGGGGUAUUUCAUUUUGUCGUUGAAGCAAGGGAGUCAAGUGCUCUCGAUAGUAUUAUUUUCCUUUACUGAAGAAUGCAAGCAGAUUUCAGAUGUCACAAGUUUAAAAAAUUAGUCAGCCAUGGGGCUGAACUUCAGUUAAAUAACAGAGCCUCCACAAGCUUCUGUAUUGUUUUCCCAAUGACUUAUGGCUAUGGGCUGGUGAUUUUCUUAUCAAAGACUCUUGGUUUUUUCAAUUUAAAGAAGUUAUCAAUGAUAAUAACAAAAAUCCAGUUUGUUGACAUGGUUGUCAACAACUAGUAAAUUGUUAUUUCUGAAUGUUUCCUCUCAGUAGUUUCCUCUGCAUUGACAUUGUAUGCAAGGUCAUUAGGAAUCCUACAGCUAUUUAUGCAUAGGUAUUAACAAUACUUAUUUUUGUUCCUUUUUCUUAGGCAAGAAGAAUAAGAAAGACAGGGUGAGAUAACGAAGUUAUUUUAGUCAGUUCUUCAGUGACAGAGAUUAGGGCAAUUGUCCCGAGAGGAAUAAUAUGAAAUUAUUUUGCACUGUUAUAUUUUCUGUAGGGAAAUUCUCCAAGGAGAGCUAAAGCUCCCAGAAGAAAUGGUAAGAGUAGUGCAGAUAUUUGUUAUUUUCUUACACCCUGCUAUGUUUCUAGACAAGAAACUCAAUGCCACAUUGUCCCUCACCAAGAAGAAUAGAUUGGUACUGGCUGGAUGUCGUAUGAUGCAGACAGUGGCUGUGAUAAAUCCUUUAAAAAAAUUGGGGGCGGGGUGCAAAUCCACUAAUGAGCAGCUGCUUUGCCGCUGAUAUUUUAUGCACUUGCCAAACAAAGCCUUUAGCUUCAUAAGCUACUCCUAGUUGGCCUGUUAGGUUUGUUGGUUAAAGUGCUGCUCCAGUAUCUCCAUGUCGUCAGUUUGAAUCCUAUAAUUUUAAUCCUGAAAAUUUUUCCCAGGUUUUAUCACAUUCCGUUUAAGUUGCAUACAUGACUGUGAUAGUCUUUCUCCUGUUGAAGUGUUAUUCAAAAAUAUAUGAUUUUAACAUUCUUAAAUCUUUAAUUAGUUUUUAUGUCACAGUAUUUUUAAAUGCUAAUAAGGCCUUAGCAAAUUCUAGGAGGUACAUGAAUCUAUCAUGAUGUACAGGUUGUGUUCAGAUGUGUGGGGAAUGUCUUAGUUUGUGAUAACUUAAUCCAUUUGUCUUGUUAGGUGAAGCUGGGACACCACGACCUGGAACACCAAGUUCUCUUCGUCCUGGAACACCAAGUUCUAAUCGCCCCAGUACACCAAGUUCUGUUAACAGUGGGGAGCUGCCGGCAACAAGGGUAUUAAUAUUUUACAAGCUCAUUUAAGAUACAUUGUCUCAUUAUUUUGAAUUGUUGGUUAUUCUAAAUCAGAGUGAUGCUGUUAGAAGUAGCCAUCACAUUUAAACCUCAGAAGAAUCAAAAGCCAAAAAAAUAUUAUGAUGUUAAAUGUUAUAAAGUUGUUGUGAUCAGUGAAUUUGAUUUAAAGUCUUGCAAUUGAAAAAAAAUUGGGUUUUACAAAAGUCGUCACAAAGCUGAACAUGAGCAAGAAGCAAAAUGAGCCCAUAAUACCUCUCUUCACCUACCAUUCAGGGAAAUUUCUUUUGUCAAAGAAGAAUUCUGAUACUAAGAAAUGCCAAAGGGCUGUAAUGUUAAACUGGAGUCAGUUCCACAAGUUUUACUGUGACUGGGGCAAGGAAUGUCUUUUCAUGUACUGUGAUUGUGUCAAUGUUUUUCUUUGAAAAGACAAGACACUGUUUUUAUUUGCGUUUAGACUGGUCCUACAGUGGCUGCCUUUGAAGCUCUUGGAAGUGGUAUGUCUCUUAUUUACUAAUAAAUUCUUGCCAGGAUUAGGGACGUUACUACCUAGAACAUACCUCUACACAGACUACGCUGUCUUUCUACAAUUAUUAUCUAUGGAGUAAACAACAGUCAGGUCUUGGCGUUGUCAGACGUUUCCUAACCCUUUUAGGCUGAUUUAGCAACAGAACAGGAACGUCAGUUGACGACGGGAAAGCAUGCAGAAAGAACUAAACGCGACUUCCGGUUCCCAAUUUGUCGUUCUGCCAUUGGUCAAGCCAGUUGUUUGAUUUGCGCGCGCCGUUAUCCCAGUGUCAAUGCAAAAUCAAGAGAAAAAAAUAUGAGAAUUGAAAAAAUGAUCACCAGGGGAGAAAUGCUUUGAUCUUUUUUCCAGUUCUCUCCACUUAUUCUUAAAGUAUGGGAAUCAGUCUGGAGAAUUUGUCAGUGAACAUUGGGGCUUAAAAUGCCGAAUUAAAAGGCCGUCUAGAGAAAAAAUAUUGUUUGAUUGUGUAUCUGUUUUUCUGCACCUUCCUUUCAAUGCUUGUCAUUGAUGAUAACUAUUCGUUUUAUUUUUUAGCGGAGAAAAAAGCUCUUCUUUCACAGGUGAGGUCAACUGAAUCAUUUUUGGACAAAUUUGUGAUGUAGUUUUGUUUUUCGCCAACUUUUUAAGCAACAGACUGUCUCAGAAUUUCCAACACCAACUUUUCCAUGAAUUUACCUUUCCUGUCCUGCAAACUGAGGCCGAGCCAGCUCAGUCGGUAGAGCGCUGGCCUGCAGAGCGUGAGUUUGCUGGUUCAUCUCCUGGGGCCAGGAAACAACGGAGGAAUGAAGGUACUUUCUUUGCCCUGCAAACGGCUAAACAGUGACUAAACCUUCGCUUGGCUCGAAUGACCGUGUGCAAAUGACGGUUGCGUCUCCAGUAACAGACUUGAAAGCAGUGUCUUUGUUAGUAUUUUCGUGCUAAAUACGUUAACAUUGAAUAAGUAGGUUUGUUUACUUUAUUACGGUUUUCUGCCUCGCCUGCACUGCGAUGAGUCUCGGAUUUUCCCAUUCAUCACCCGGCUUAACUUCUUCGUUUUGCACAUUAAGCCUCAGUAACGUUGCAGCUUAAAGAAUGUAAUUACGAGUUUGAAAAAUUUUAUGUUCCUGUUUUUCACAAUCCAAUAUCAGGUACAUCACAGGUAGCCCAAGCUCAAAAUAUGAGCAUCGGCGAGCAUCGGCGUUGUUGCGUAACAUUCAAAAUAUAAGGAUUUGUAUGGGGGAAAAAACCUAUCGUUUCUGUAACGUAAGAAAAUGAAAGGAUUUCUAUAUAAAGAGGGAAAACCGUCUACAUGCAAACCCAUAAAACGGCCAUAAAUCGGUUAGUGGACCACACAGGAGAGACGUAACACACAUUUUAAGUAAGGUAAGCUGUUUUUUAUUGAAAUCCUUUCAUUUUCGUAGGUUACAGAAACGAUAGGUUUUUUCCCCGUACAAAUCCUUAUAUUUUGAAUGUUACGCAACAACGCCGAUGCUCAUAUUUCGAGCUUGGGCUACCUGUGGUCUCGUCAGAAACAUACAGAAACUCUGAAUGAUGGCUUUUUUCCAUAUGACAAAUAUAUAUAACAAUUGUGCAGAUGAUCUGACCGAGUUGUGUAACGAGGAACUGACGAGCCUCUUUUUUUUUGCGUUCAGACAUGCGGUGUGGUAUCUGAGCAUACAGCACGGAUGUGUACAAGGUAAGCAAUAAUAACACAAGUUACGGUUACACUAAGAAGCCGUUUUGCCGUGGGAUAAGGCUUUUUACCUCAGGAAAAUGUGACUGCUCUUUUCCAAGAUAAACGUGCUCGCAUAACAGUGGAAGCGUUAAAACUUUCAAGAGAAGCGGACAGUGACAGCUACCGCCGGAUAUUGCUACUGACGUUUUUUUUCUUGGGUACUCUCGCCUAAACCAGCGAUCAGAGGAGCGGCUAUGUAAUUUCCCGCUUAAAACGCCCUACACGCGCCUAGUCCUGCGUGAAACAAACUUUCAUGUAACUGCUCUGAUCUUGGUAUGUGUAAUACCGCUGAUAAAUGUGUCGCGAGAGAAUACUUUUCCCCUGGAGGGUUAAUUAAACAAAAGGUUUCCAUCAUGUAAUAUUUAACCUACAAUCAGCGACAAAAUUGUUGAGGCAUUUUGCUCAAAUAUGGUAACUUCGGAGAACAAAACUAUCCACACCCAUCCCCCGUUUUCUCCAUUCAAAGUUCGGGUGUUUGUUAUUUUCUAUAGCUAGCUCGAACAGUAGGACAACAUUGGUGGAGGGGGUAGGCGCGGGAAAGCUUAAUUUUCCUCUUUUUAAGUUGGCAAACAACAGAGAGGCCCUUAUUCAAGGGCAAAGUGCCUCAACUAAUUUUGUUGCCGAUUGUAGCUAAAACGACAAAAAUGCUCUCGAGGAGAACGUUCCAGUUUUGGUAUAACUGAUAAAGUAAUUAUUGUUUUAUUUAACAGGUCUCAUAGAUGUCCUCAACACUCUGAUGAGCAAAGACAAGCUGUUAGGAUUUUGCUUUUAGGUAUACAAGCCCUUUUGUGGUAUCACUUGUCAGUAUAAAGCGUUUUUACUCACGUGGCCAGUAUCUAUGUAAAUUUAUUGGAACAAAAGAGAGCGUUCGCACAAGAAAAUAAUUCAACUCCCACAGGAUCGACUUGGUACACCAACAUGGCGGCCGUUUCAUUGUUUUGGAACACCAAUAUGGCCGCCGUGACGUCAUGUAGCUGUAGCUCCAAAUGACCAAUAAGAUCUUGAAAUAAAUUCAAAUUCUUGUAGUCGGCACGAAACGCGGGAAAACAGGAGGGAGCCAGUCACGUGUGGUUAUAGGCUUACUCCUGAUUGGUCCAGAUAGUUCAGUGGCGUGAGUUAUUUCAGCCAAUAUCACACAUAAUUAGAUAUAAAUGCAGAACCAAGGAAUCACAAACUCACUUUCCACACUCAACGAAAAUCACUGUUAAAGCUAUUUAUUAUUCAUAGUCAUAAUUCCUUGCAUAACAGGCUAUUUUACAGUUAUGAAUGGAAGUGAGGCUGAGGGUGACCUUGUUUUGAUACAAACCUUAUUUGCUUUGUUAUGGAAAUUGUUCUUGAAAAAUACUAGUUAGCAUAAGAAUGACUUGAUUUGCACAAUAAGGCAGGGAGGUUUGUAUCAAAACAAGGUCACCCUCAGCCCCGCUUCCAUCCACAACUGUAAAAUGGCUUAUUAUACCUUGUUGUUUCUGCUGUUUUUAUUGUUCUCUUCAGGUUAUCCAGAUGUGGAGCCCCCUGUUGGAAGAUUACGACUUGAAAGGUGACAAGUCUAAGCAAUACAGUGUAUACCUCUCCCCCGAAAAUCACCGUCAUGCCUACUAGCUCCUUCUCUACUUUCAAAAUGCCGGCACGGAGAGUCCCUACUGGACAUUAUCGAUUAUCAUGAGAGCGAGUGAUCUCGGGCUACUUAGACAUUUCCCUUCAGGGGAAUUCAAGGGACAUUUUCCUUAUCAUUGCGAUCGUAAUUGCCAACAUUCUCCAGUACAAUUCAUUCUCCGCGCGCACCUUAUUUAGUUUUUAUAAAGACUUCUUUCUGGCCUAAAACUGUAUAUUUCAGUAAAUUUCUUAAUCGCAAGUAUAACAAAAUUCUCUUAUAUUAUUGGCUAUCACUAGCCCCGGAUUCAGCAUUAAUCAUGCGAGUGGUUAAACAAAAUUGGACGACCGCGUAUCAAUUCUGCUAUCAGCGGGCUGCAUUUUGUUAACACAUCACCUCGUUAAGCAAAAUACUGUUUCACCUCGGGUUUAACUUAUACAUUUUACCCAAGUACAACGUUUCAAAGAUCUUUACUGCGUGUGAUGGCCAAAACUUUCUAGAGCCCACAAUGCAAAGCUAUCUUUAUGGUGUCAUAAGAAUGAUACGGGAUGACUUGCAACGACGAUUUUUAGCGCAAUACAGGAUUGCAAUGUUGGAAGAAUGCUGUAACCAUUCGAAACAUUGUUGCAACGCUGUGUUGCGCUAAAAAUCGUCGUCUCGUGUAACAUCACCUUACUUGAAAAAGUCUGAGUUCUCCCACAGGAGUUGAACCUAUAACUUGGUUACUGGUCCAGAUCCUCUACCACUGAGCUAUGAGAGAUUCGUAGGAGCAAACGCCGUUAAACUAAGUUCACACUCCAUAUGCACAUCUUCUAUAUUGCACCUUGUGCACCCCAAACGUUUUGCAUAACUUUUAAAGAGAAAUCGAGGAUAAUGCUUAUGAAAAAAAAAAAAAAAAUGGCGGGGGAUGGAGGGGGCAAACAGGGUGUACCAUGGAAGUUGGGCAAAUAGCGAAUUAGCUGGCGGGUUUUGUUGGAGAAUGAGUGCACGAACGAGCGGCGAAACCGAAAGAGGGAUUGGGAAAAAAGCGCACCCGCGCGCUGUCCAACAAAAGUAACAGCUACGCAGGCUAAGGUUUCAAUGACAAGCAUCCUGUUUUAUGUCGUUUGCAAAGUCGUUUGCUUUUAUUCCCAGGUAUUCGUGCUAUAACUUUUGCAGAAUAUAAUAUCUCAUUUUUUACUUUUCUAAUUUCAGAGGUACUUUGGAAGCUGAUGACGUAAUCGGUAAGGAAUGAGAGCUUCUUUCUGUGUUGAUGUACUGUUGAACAGGUUUGUUAAUGCAAAGUAUGUUUUCUUAUCAGAUGUUGAUAGUUAUGAAGACGGUGAUGGCCAGGCCUUAAGAGAUACAUUGAACAGGUGUGAGAUGAAAUUUCCGUUACAGUUACUAAGAAAGGGUUUUGAAUAAACUGUAAAGUAAAACAGGCUACACAGGCUAAACACAGUUUAUUUACGUUUUACAAGUAGCCACGGUCGGUCAGUUUUGCCAUGAAGGAAAUACGGUGCGUUUUACCUUUUCCCCCGUAUAAAGCAGUGGCUCCUGAGUCACCUUUUUUUUCCAACGAAGGGAGCGAAACGUCUUCUCAAAAACGUCACAUCUUGAUGUGUAUAAGGCACCGGCUUCUGCUUCACCUUUUUUUCCGUCGAAGGCGACGAAACGCCUUCUAAAAAACGCCACAUCUUGAUAAGUGCUGUCUUGUUUUCUACGAAUAGCCUCAAAAUGCAUUACUUCACAAAAACUGAGCCUGCGAUCGUUUCGUAGAAAACAGUGCACCAUCAAAGAUGGAGCCCAAACUUACGAUUUCAUUGUAGACAAAAGCUGCUUGUUAUUCUCCAUUAUUCUAAAAGUUUUAAGUGGAUGAGAAGUAAUGAGAAAAGGGAAAGUGUAUAAAAUUAUAUAAGAAUUUUUGGAAACAUUUUGAUGUUGAGCAAGACUUCACUCGCUCGAAGGGCGACUUUCGAAGUUAUCUCAGUUAAUCGUCCGACUGGGUAUAUGGAUCCCUGUACCCUAUAUGUUAAUUGCUAUAGUGGUUUAUUAGUAAGCCUAAUUUGAGGAUCGUUCCCGAACUGCUCUGUGAGGAGCCUGAUAGUAUGGAGCCGCGAGUUCUGUACGAGUUACAGGUAAUGUGGAACGUACUCCCACAAUGUGAAGAAGUUGAGAGACUUUCAGAAGGACAGAACGAUUUAUUUUUAAAGUAACACUUACAAUUGACUAAGUUUUUACACGUUUUCUACCUUACAUUUUCAUUCUGUUCCUUCUCUUUUCUUUCUCAGUUUUUCCCUUUGUCCUUCUCAGGUUCUUGCUGUUACGUUCUCUGUUUUCUUUUUCCUUUUCUUUCUUUCUCUUAGCCUUUCUCCUCUUUCCGUUUAGUUACAGAUUUUCUCUGUUUUUAUACUCUAUCCCUUUUAACGUAUCUUCUAAAACUCUUUAGUUAUUAGUAAAGAAAAAACAAAAGAAAAUGUUGGAUGAGUGUCUUUAUACUCUGAUAAAGACACGGCUAAACUUUACGUCCAUGACAUCACCUCUCAAUUGACCAAUCAUGUCAAUAACUAGAGUUAAAUACUAUCAAUUUAAGUCCCAAGAGUGAUCAAGGUCAAUUUUCUCCAAUAAUAUCAAUACGGAACAAAAAGUAAAGGUUAUAAUGAUCACCUAAAAGAAACUGCUCUGAUCUUAAAACAAAUUCUCUCAACUAAUUCUUUAAGAAAAUGUAUGGAGAUCAGUCUGGAGAAUUUGUAUGUGGAUAUUGGGAUUACAGGGGUUAAUAAGCACAAAAAACAUUGUGAGUUAAUUUUCAGCAUAGUGGUUUAGCUGUACCUGGACUUCAUUUGCGCGUGUGUUUUGUAGGUUAUCUUGGGAAGAAGAAUCCAAUGUAUCAACAGGAGACGACAAUUCGCCAGCGGGUAAAUGUGAGUUUUUUUUUACAUACCUAGUGGCAGUUAAUUUAAUUUUUUUACUUUAGUUUUUUUGGUGCAAAAAUCCGUAAACAUUGCAAAAAUUUAGUGCCACACGAUUUUAGAUUUGGUGAUUGAAAAUAGACCUUGUCACGGUUUUGGAAGCCAUCUUGACUAGUAGGCAACCACGUAAAAAAAUUACAGUGUAUGAAUGAGAAUCUAAUGUCGAAUAAUUUUCGUAAAACGGCUUUUCUAUUAAAAAAAAAUGAUUUGUAAACUUGAGCUACACAGCAAAGGAUUCUACUAACAAAUACUGUGCUUAAAUUUCGCCGGACGCUUGCUUUAGAUUUUCUAUAUAUUUGUCUACAAUUUUUCCCGGGAAAUUUUAGUCGGCAGGAGGAAAAUUUUUAAGGGCAAAUGUGAAUAAAAUUUUAAAAACUAGUUCUAGCGCAGCUAGCCUCAUGUAACGUCGUAAAAUUUUUUCAGUAGAAUCGUCAGGAGUGAAGCUUUAGUUUACAAUCCAUAUUUUUCUUAGAACAGCCGUUUACGGAAAUUAUUUGACAUUAGAUUCUAACCGACCAACACUGUAAUUUCUAACGUCAAGAUGGCUCUCAAGACCGUGACAAGGUCUAUUGGACUGUCAUAUGUUGGCCCUUUUUUGUUUUCAAACCAAAAUUCUAUCAACGUUUGUCAGUCAUCAAAAGGGCCUCGUAACCUGUUCCAGGCGUUGAGAUUAUGGGGACGGCGCUAUAAGAUGUGAGCAGGAAAACACUAUGAGGGGGUGGAGUAGGGAUUGUUUCCCGCUCUCUGACCGCCACACCUCACUCCAUUCUGAAUCCUAGCGCAGGCUACUGUCCAGGAGGCCCCACAAACUUUUGUCUCACCUCUCCACCCCUCCUUCCCAAAAAAGCUGGAAGUCAAAAAAUCAAUUUUCGAACGCAACUCGGUUGCAGCGAAAUUUAGAUUUUUAUACCAAGAAGCUGAGUUUUUUGCGAAAAUCUAGGAAUACAUUCUGCUCAGUUUGACUUGCACAGUUUGUGAAAAGUUAAUUUUAUAGUCACUCUGUUGAAGGUGCAAACGAAUUUGGAAAGGCACAUAAAUUUUUUUUCAGUGUUUGUGGUAGGGACAAACAAAUUUUGGAUUUCUACAACUUUUCUUCAACAUUUUGCAUGGAACGAUCGAUCGAUUUGAAGAUUGUUUGGUAGAAUAUACUGAUCGUCUGAUUUCUGUGGAUCUUGUUUAAAGAUGCGUAUUUAUUUUAGUCUUUUUUGUGCUUUAAAUGUAUAGAAGGGCUAUAUUUUAGUUUCAGUAAACUGUAAUAAAGAGUUUUGGCGUCUGUCUUCAGACUAACUGUCUGCAUGGUUACAUAAAGGCCCAAGCAUUUUCAAUUGAGGACUCCUUAUUUUUUUUUCAACUGUGACUCACUGGUUCCGAACAGGGACUCGUGAUUUUUCACAAGAUGAUGGAGUCACCAUAACUAUUUGUAACAAAAUCACUGAGAGUUUUAGUGUUUUUAAUUUGACUAGUUUUUAUUUUCUUGCUAGCGUUUGGAAGUUUGGCUCUGAUAAAACAAAAGAGAAAGAAGAAGACAAAACACAAAAAACGACCAAGAUGAGAAAAGGCACUAUUGAAGGAAUUCUGAGGCUGAAGAAAAGUACGGUGAAAUUCGUCUGAUAAGUGUGGAGACUGUCAUUGUCUGUUUAAGAACGUCGAAUAUACACCUGAAUGCUUACUCUCGUGUCUGAGGAAGGAAGGACUCUUGUGUCAUAGAAGUGGAGGCUUUGUCGAAUAACUUUCAUUGGAUACGCGGCGGUUUCAACUGCUAAAACCACGACAUUGGCACGAUAAACAGUUACGUCUCGUAUCGCUAUAUUUCCUUUCUAUUAUUUCGUUCCUCUUCAAGUUUAAGUUUGAAAAUAUUUAAUCUUUCACUGUAGGGAAGUCUGCGGUAGGUUUCACCUUGUGCCGACCUUGACAAUGGUUCAGUCUAGUUACCUGGGUCUAGUUAUUCUGUUUGUUCUGUGCAGUUGACUAAUCUCCAAUUACCUGUGGUAUUGAGACGUUUUCGCCAUCGUAAAAGGAUCAUAAAGGUGAUAAAGACUGUUAAUUUGACAUUCAAUGGUAUAAGCAGAAAAAGCUGCAUUACUUUUAACCUAUGGGCAUGAUAUUUCUUUGAUGGCUAACUCGAUGGAUUGUUAGAAAAGAACACACAAUAUGCAAAUGAACUAGUAAACGUGAUGAAACUUUGACGCAUGGCACUGUUUUCGUUAAUGUAAUAGAACCCAGCAAUGUUGGGUGCGCAAUGUACGUCUCAUAGGCGCCAUAAACCGUUCAC